AUGGGAGGUUGCAAUGCAGAAGAUUCGGCGAGUUGGGCUGAAGUUUUCGAUACAAAGACUCAAACUUGGGAAUCUUUACCUGACCCUGGCCCUGAGCUCCGCUUCUCUUUGAUUAAGACAAUGAACGUGACCAAGAGAAGGGUCUACGUUGAGAGCAUCAGAGAGACUGAUCAUUAUUAUAAUCCAAAAGAAGGUAAAUGGGGAGUUUCAUCAAAAGCACACAAGGUAGGGAGAAAGUGUGAGAUUGGUCAUGUUAGGUACUCUUGUAGUAAAAGAGGUUUGUUUUGGUACAACACAAAGCUUAAAGACUGGAGAAUGGUCAAAGGUUUGGAGGUAUUGAACAAGUAUUGUUGUGUUGGUGUUGUUGCAAUAGCUAAUUACGGUGGGAAACUCUUAGUUUUGUGGGACAAGUUUGAGCAGAAGCAUGAUGAUCAGUCUCAAAAUUACAAGGAGAUUUGGUGUUCGGUUGUUGCGCUUGAAAGGCGUAAUGAUGUUGAGGAAGUUUGGGGAACUGUUGAGUGGGCUAGUGUUGUGCUUACGGUUCCUAGUUCAUACGAUUUCUUGCGUUGCCAAGUGAAAUCGGUUUGA